AUGCUAAUGAAAAAUUCAUCUACAGUAAACUCAUAAUAAUAUUUACUCAGUAAAAAGAAAUCUAAUGUAUUAAAAAUGGAGCUAUAAUUAGAAUGUAAGUUUUCUUUUAUUAAUCUUUCUAGAGAUACUAUUAAAGACAUAUCAAAAACCCCUGAUGGAUGACAUAAUUUUUAAUAAAUCAAAUAUCUUCAAUGGUGUGAAAAUACGGAUUAAAUGA